GAAGUGAAACUUAUAAGGAUGAAGGGGCGAGAAAUUUGUGUCAGUGUUUGGUAUUUUAAGGCAAUCAUAGACGACUAAAUGGCCAGGUCUGCCCUAAGUACGGAUGUUGAGUUCCACAUUCUUCAUAACUAUCCCUGGUCAAAGCUUCCAACUAAUAUAAAACAGUCGCUGGGUAACAGCCAGAAAGAAUGGGAAAAAUGUGUAUUCGAUUACAGUGUGAGGAAUCAAUUGAGAUAUCGUGGAAAUAUAGUACGACAAGUCAGAAGGGAUGAGAGAAAGUAUUAUGAAGAUUUACUGCAGUACAGUAAACAACACCUCAUGCUGUUCCCUUACCACCUGUCAGAUGUGAUAGUAAAAGGUUUGAGGAUCACUCCAUUUUCAUACUACUGUAGCAUCAUGGAAAACAUCAUGUCAAAUGAAAGGAGCUAUGACUCAUUACCAAACUUCACUGCAGCAGAUUGUUUACGGCUGUUGGCAAUUGGUAGAAAUCAAUACAUUGAGUUGAUGAAUCAGUGCCGGUCAUCUAAGAAAUUCUUUAGAAAGAAGCCUGUGCGGGAUCUUCUGCCAACUAAACCUGCUGUGUUAAAGGUUCUGGAACCCUGGUGGAUUGUGCAGAUUGGUUAUGUGACAGAAGAUGACAUCAGGAUGUGUUCAAAUGCUGAACACCAAGCAAUUGAUUCCAUAAUUGAUAAAGGUGCCACUCAAGCUGGGAUGAUGGACCUCAAAGUUGCACAAGGACUUUACACCAAAGGUCUUAUCUACAUAGAUGUCCCAAUUGCUGAUGAUGACUAUAUAGUUGUUCCACCUUUAGAGAAUUUUGUGAUGAACAGGGUUUUGGGUGAUUACUUUGAAGUUCUGAUGUACAAGAUAUUUGUUUCAAUAGAUGAGCACACUAAUAUAAAAGAGUUAGCAAAUGUUUUGCAGAUAGAUUUGCAAUUAGUUAAGAAUGCUGUGUCAGUUUAUAUCCGACUUGGUUUUGCACACAAGAAGGGUGUGGAAAUCGAUGAAACUAAGUUACACCACUCCUGGACAGAAAAAGUCAACAGUUUGACAAUGAAGAGAUGUAGCAGCAAAGACAAUCUCCUGACUCUGGACCUUAGUAACCUCCCAGACAAGGCAAAUUCAAUGACAACUUCUCUAGAUACUUUGUCUAGUGAUUCUCAUGAAACAAAUGGAGAGCUCUCUACACCAGCUGAAAGUAUUUCAGGAGGGGCAACAAAGAGGAUUGCUUUCCUUUUUGAUUCUACGCUGACUGCUUUCCUCAUGAUGGGCAAUUUAUCCCCAGGUUUGAAGAGCCAUGCAGUCACAAUGUUUGAAGUUGGAAAACUCACAGAUGAAUCGUUGGAUAGUUUUCUUGGAGAGCUUGAGAAGGUGGAUAGUGUUGCAGAAGGCGAAGCUCAAAGAUAUUUCGACCAUGCCAUCACACUUAGGGACGCUAUUUUGUUCUUGAGAUACAACAGGAACCUUGGAUUGGAACCUGAUCAAGUCCCUGCUAAGGGUUUAGACUUGUUACGAUGUGAAAGUCUCAACAGUUUGGAUUCUGCUGCUUGUGGUCGAGUUCUGCAAAAGAACUACAGUUUACUGGUGUCAAUGGCGCCCCUUAGUCAUGAGAUCCGACCUGUGACGAGUUGUUGCCCGCCGCAUUUUGGUCCAGCGGUACCCGAGGUCAACUCAGUAUGGUUCAAACUCUUCAUAUAUGAACAAGUGAAAAGUGGCCCACCCUCUCUUCUUUUAGUCAAGGGUACACGCCUCAGGUGGUUACCCAAAAUUUUCGAGGAUUUUGAAAGAUUGAUGAUAACCACGUGGGGUCACGAUCCAGGAAUUGUGUCCGUGUCCAAUGUUUUAUUAGCGCUAAACGAUGCUCUGUCUCACUCGGCUGUUUUGGUACAGGCUCAUGGACUUCAUACAGAGGGUGAUGUCGUCUAUGUGCCUUUUCCACUCGAUUGUAAAUACGGUGAACCGUUCUCUGAAGACAACAUGGAGGCGCACCCUGUUGUUCAACAGCUUUCGAAAUGUCUCGAUUUGGAACACACGUGUGGCUUUAUAUCCAUGCUAAAACCAUCCGUCACUAAACAAGCCGCGAGCGCACGCCGGAGAACCAUCUCGGCAAACUUCGGGAUGCCGUCGGCGGUCGAGAGCGAUCCUAGUUCGCUGUCGCCGCUGAUCGUCAUCAACGACGCAGACAGCAGCGUUGACUCGGCGAGCGACGAGCAGAACGAGGAGGACGGAGUUGAUGGAGUGACUUGUGGGUCAGAUAAUGAUAUGGUGAUGGUUGGUAAAGAAAAGAAGAAAGAGAGUGAAGGCGACAGAGGUGCUGAGAAAUGGCUGCCGUUAGACUUGUGUUAUGGUCUUCCUUUGUUUGAUGGUGACUUGAGCAAUCAAGUCUAUCAGAAGAUAUCCUCGAAGGGAUUGUGCCACGAGGAAAGUUUAAAGUCACUCGUACACUCGAGCCGAAAACUUACUCUGCGACUCCUGGAUUUUAUAUCUAAACACCAGGACGCCACUGUGUUUCAAGAAGCAACCAGCGACCCUAUCUCCUUUCCCUCACAAGGACUCAGUUCGCCCGCUUCAGUUAUUCCCUACCCAACUCAUAAUCUCUGCUUUUACAACGGCAAACUCGAUGUCUGGGAUGGCAGGUGACAAACGCAGAUGCCAUAACUUAGACAUAGUUAUAAUAAUCUUCAUUCUAUUAAGUUUUGUACGAUAUGUGAAAAGAAUAUGAGAUGAAACAUUUAUGCCCAAGUUAUAUCAUUAGGUUACAUCAGUGAUUAAUACAAAGCAUUUUAGCUGUUGAAUUGAUCUUUGGCUGCCGUUUAGCAAUAUUGCAAUCUGACUAGUUUUGUGAUGCAAUGAUUCUCUGAAGCUCUUGAAACUCGACUGCAAGUUUUUAAUGAAAUACUGAGAAAAUAUAAACUAUUGGAGGUUUAAUUUUAUUCUUUAUAACAUCAAAUUUUAUCAUAGAUUGUUGUACCUUUUCCUAAUUUAAAAAUGUGGAAAAAUUCAAUAACUUGUUUUGAGAUCAGCGCCAUCUUCGCUAAAAUUUCGUUGUAGAAGAACGAUUUAUUGAGAGUGAUCUUGUGAUUGGUCUGUAAAGUUCACGCCGCCGUCUAAACCAAUCAGAGACAAAGCAGAAAGAAAUCGCGAUUUGGUCAUUCGCGUUUACCCGCGGUUUAGACUGUCAACGUGCAUUCAAUUUGAGAUCCUAAGGUACCUUGCGUUGUUACAGUUGACUGUCACAGUCAACUGUUGUGACAGUUGGUUUGGAUGAAUUUGGGUUUCGUUUUUACGUUACUUAAUGUAAAAGCGGUCCAUAUGCUGAUAGUCGGCUCUUGUAGCGUGAGCUAGGAAGCGCCAAUAGAUCAACAACUAGGUAAGCUUUCAGUUUUCUUUAGUUCUUAACUGAGGUUUCUGAUAGAGGUGACAAUUAUAGUGUUAGAGAGAAUCUUCCAGCUUCUUGAAAUAUUGAUAGAGACAAGACAAUGAGAUUCAAGUGUAACAAAUAGUUUUUGCGACUAUUCGUAUCAGGGCUAGCAUAACACGGACUUAAUGGUGACUCGUAAUAAAUGAGAAUCUAAUCCCUGUCUUAAAUAUCUCUGCCAAAAAAAGCAUAGUAAACUAUUGAAAAACCCUGUUCUUUUUGUACCUUAUUAUAUAAAUGCGAUUUGUAAAGACAGCGUUCAAUUUGCCCUCGUUGUUCUUUACUUAGGGACUGGUGUUAAACAGGGAGAUAAUUGUUUAUUUGUGUUACAUACAUAAACCACAAACCGGGGAAUCUUUUUUUGAGACAAAUUGAAAAUUCAAGAUUAUAUUAACCUUUGCUUAUUGCAAAUGGAAUAUUCAUGUAAAUAUCUUAGUAAUUUAUUUUUACUCUUAAAAAUACUGAUACAAUUUUGAAGGUUGUAUUCGAUUGACCGAAUAAAUUUAACUGUUGGAUU